GUGGUACAUGGACUUUCACAGGAUGUGGGUGGAUGCUCGGGUCCCGGAGGCACAGCGGAAAGGUGGCAAGGCUGAGACAGGGAUGUUUGCCAUCUUUGACGCAAGUGAAGGAUAGGUAAUUAAUUACAAGUGUAUUGAGCCCAGCUCACUGUUUACAACGCACAGACUUUAUCAAGAACUACGUCUCUAUCCGUAUCCACUUCCUGACAAGGUGUAUAUCAUGGAAUCUUCUGACACACAGAGCCCAAUGUCCCAUUCGACGCAGCCAAGCGUCGUGGACACAGCUAACCUACUACCUUCAGCUGAUGAUGAGCCACUUAUAAUUGUCGACAAGCUCAAAAUUCUCACUCAAAUCGUAGGAUCCGGAGAUUCCGUCGCUGAAGCCACCGAUUAUGCCGCUGCACCAGACGUCAAGCCUGGAGCAAUAGCCAAAGCCUUGGUCGAGAUGAAGUAUUUGGAACACGCCCAAUACGUAUACCACAACAAAGGAAACACCCCACCAGCCAUCGACUGGGACAACGACCACGCGCCACCCCCAACAUCUCCCAGACCACUGCAAACAGCCCGACGUCGCGCAGAGGCACUCAACCUGCUGUACAAAACCACCAUAGCAACGCCCGGCCACGCCGUCUGGUGGUCCAAGAAUCACAGGGACUGGCUGCCGCUACUGAAAGCGUUUGUCAGAAUUGCAGGAGCAGAGAGGAACGCGAGCAGUGGCGUGAGAGGGUUGACGAGCGUGCAGAUGGCGGAUCUGCGUACUAUCAACAAGGCGCUGAGCGUGGCUACGCUGGUUCUGCAGAAUGCUGAUGCUCGGUUCAGAUCGUUGGCUGACGUGCAAAAGGCUGUCUUAGGGAGGGAGGGGGACCGGCUUAGGGGGAUGAUACGCGGUAGAGAGAAGAGAAAAAGAGGUGUUGAUGAUGUGGGAGACAAGGGGGGGACAAUGAAGAUAGGAGGGGACUGUGGCAAUGUGCCAGUUAUUGGGGGGCAUUGGGAAUGGGCAUGGAGCAUCUAUGUUUUCUUCUAGCGAUGCUUUGGGCAAUGAGACUUUUUCGUAUAUAAAUUGGCUUUGCCUAAGGUGACUCUUAUUCGCCGAGCUAUUGUAGGGGAAAGGGCGAUAUAAAAUUUUUGCAGCAAUUCUCUUGGCAGACGUACUUCGACCUUCCGCGGUUGCCCGGUCAAAUUAUAUAUAUAUAUCUCUCUCUGGUG